AUGGUGGCCGGAGCGGCGGAGCCGGUGAUCGUUGUCGGGGGGUGCUCGGGGGGGGCCGAGCUCGCUGUCCCCGCUCCUCCGCCGCACGGGAACCCAACAGCGCCGCUCAGUGCCCGGCCGGCCGCCCCCGCUCCCCCAUGCCGGGCCGCCGCAGGCCGCAGGGAGGAGGGCUCGGGGCGGGGAGCGAAGGGCCCAGCGCCCCCUCCCUGCCGGCCGCGCUCCUCCCGGGCGCUCCCCCCGCCGCGGUGCCCGGAUGGCGGCUCAGCGCGGCGCGGCGGCGGCGGCGGCUCCCGGUGGCGGCGGCGGCGGUCGGUUGGCUCCGGGCGGCUGCGCCCCGCUGGCUCGAGCCCCCUGUGCGCGUCGGCGGCGCUCGGCGCGGCUGCCCCGUGCGGCGGCGGGGCGGCCCCGCUGCCCCGGCCCGGCCCGGCCCGGCCCGCUCCGCCCGCGCCGCGCUCCGGCUCCGCGACAAGAUGGCGGCUGUUGAUUCCUCAAUUAAAAAAAAAAGUUUUUUUUUCUCUUCUCUUUUCCAGAGCCCUCGGGGGCGGGGCGGGGGCGGGGCCUGCGCGCUGCGUCACCGCGCUCGCGGCGCGGCCCCGCCCUGCCGGAAAGGCGCGCGCGGCGCCGGAAGCGGCCGGCGCCGUCCUCAGUUGCUCCGCUGAGGGGCUCGGGCACGGCGGGAGGGUCGGGCGGCGACCCCGCCCCACACACCGUGCCGGCGGUGCCGUGCGCUCGUUCUCCGCCGUCCCGCCCCGCCUCGGUGCGCCCCGCUACCGCUUCGGUCUGCCCUGUUUGCUCCAGUCGGGGUUUCACCCCGCAGCACCCUCUCACAGCGUCCCCUCUCCGUUUGCCCUCAGAUGUCUCAGGUGCCUGCUCUGCUCCCGGUGCCCCCUCAUAGUCUCUCUUCAGUCCCCUCAGAGUGCAUUUCUUCCCCGCCACCCUCAAGUCCUCGCCUCGGUCUUUCCUGUUUGCUCCUGCCGGGGCUCCUCCUCAGGACCCCGAGCUGUCCCCUCAGAGUGUUCCGACUCCCCUCAGAUGUCUGUUCCCCCCUCACAGCGUCCCCCGCAGUCUCCCCUCAGUCCCACCAGAGAUGUCUCAGCGCUCCCCUCACAGCGACGCCUCCGUGCCUCCCCACAGUCCCCGUUUCUCCUCAGUCCCCUCGUAGGAACCCCCACAGUCUCCCCUCGCAGUCCCACCAUGGAUGGCUCAUUGGCCCUUCAGAGUCUCCCUUCAGUCCCUCAGAGCCCUCACUUCAGUCGUUUGCCAGUCUCCCCCCACAGUCCCCUCUCUGACUCCCCUCAGAUGUCCAUCGCCGUGCCCCUGCACAGUGUCCCCUCCACGUCUCCCCAUGAACCCCCUUCCCCUCUCAGUCCUUUCAGAGUCACCCACACAACCUCCCCUUUCAGUCCCACCAUGGAUAGCUCAAUGCCCCCUCAUAGUCUUUCCUCCCCUCAUACUCCUCAGAGCCCUCACCCCAGUCUCUCCUCUCAGUCCCACCACGGAUGAUCCCCUCUCAUCUCUCCCUGAAUCAUCCUCAAUUUUUCCUCUCAGACACCUAUCAGUCCCUCACAGUUGUAUUUCCAGUUUGCCUUCUCAGUCUCACCAUAGAUGUCCGCUCUCAAUGCCCCCUUCACAGCCGUCCUCCUUGCAGUCUCCCUUCUCAGUUUCCCCUCAGUCACCUCUCAACUUCCCCUCUCGGUCCACAGACAUGAUCUCUCUCAGUGUCCCCCUCAGCGUGUCCCCUCUCAGUUACCCCCUGCAGUUUCCCCUCUCAAUUCCACUGUGGACAUUCCCUCUCAAUGUGCCCAUCACAACAUCCCCUCCCCAAGCUCCCCCUCAGUGCCCCCAUUUUCCCCCACGCCCUCAGAGCAGUCACACACAAGGGCAAGUGUCCCAUUGGAGCUGACCCACUCUCAGGCACCAGCAUCAAACCCCAGCCUCACUUUACAAACACUUUCUGUCCUGUCUAGACAGACUUCCCAAGCCCAAAACAGGUUUAGAAGACUGGAGCUCAUAUACUUCCAUGGAUUUCCAUACUGGUUCCCAACCUGAGAAUCAGGUCGUAUAAGCCCCGGUGACGUGUGUGGCAGCAGAGCUCCUUGUACCCAAACUGGUUGCUUGGGGCUGUUUUCAUCACCUUCAUGUUGGAAUGUCCUCCAAGAGCAGCCACAAUGGGAGGAGAGGCUGGAGAAGGUCUGGACACAAUUCUGAGGAUUUGUUGACAAGCUCCAUAAGCUGAGAUGGAUUCAACAGCAACAAUUUAUUGGUUUAAAGGAGAUCUAUAAUGACAGAUUCCUUUGCAAAGAAUCUGCUGUGCAAAGCCACGUGUCAAUUUUGAGUCAAGGGGAUCUCGACACAUGGAGCAGUUGGAGCAGAAUCCCACUGUGGAUGGAGGAUAUGGUGAACUGGCUGGCAGGUUGUCUGAUGAGAAGGAAUCUGCCCCGGGACACCGUGGGAUCCUCUGCCUAUUGUUUGUCAUGGAAAAGGGAAGAUACCUGCAUUCAGCCACUACAGAAACCAGGAAUGCCAGCUCAAAAUCUGGAACAUGAUGCUGCUGUGGCUGAAGGAGGCUCAACCCCACGUCCUUGGCCACCCAGGUGCGUUCACAGGGG